UCGGUGGUCGGAGGGCGUCUCGCAGAGAGACCGACCACGAGUUCACCCGUGAGUUCGUCCACUCAACACCCGUGAGUUCACCCGUGAGUUCGUCCACUCAACACCCGUGAGUUCACCCGUGAGUUCGUCCACUCAACACCCGUGAGUUCACCCGUGAGUUCACCCCUGAGUUCGUCCACUCAACACCCGUGAGUUCACCCGAUCCGAAGCCCUGCCGCUUUGCCCCUCGCCUCGUGCCGGUGGAUGAUGGCGUCGGCGCUGCGACUCCUGCGGCUGUCCGGGCCCGCACGGGUGCCCCGGGGGUGGCCGACGGUGGAAUCCAGGGCCCGGCACAGCGGUGGCGCGGAUGCAUCGUGCGCGACGGCCACGCCGGCGUCGUACGACGUGGCGGUUGUCGGCGGUGGCAUCGUGGGGCUGGCGUCGGCGCGGGAGCUGCUCCUGCGCCACCCGAGCCUCUCCUUCGUCAUCCUGGAGAAGGAGAGAGCUAUCGCCAGCCACCAGAGCGGCCACAACAGCGGAGUGAUCCACAGCGGCAUCUACUACAAGCCGGGCUCUCUGAAGGCGAAGCUGUGCGUGCAGGGCGCGGACCUUGCCUACGAGUACUGUGACAAGAAGGGCAUCCCCUACAAGCGCUGUGGAAAGCUGAUCGUCGCGGUCGAUCGGGAGGAGCUGCCCCGCCUGGAUGACCUCUACGCGCGGGGGCUGCAGAACAACGUGCGCGACCUGCGCUUGGUCGGCGAGCAGGAGAUCCGGGAGAGGGAGCCCCACUGCAAGGGAAUCAAAGCCCUGGACUCGCCCUACACCGGGAUCGUCGACUGGGCCGAGGUCGCCCGCAGCUACGGCCGCGACUUCGUGGAGAUGGGCGGGGAGAUCCACAUGGGCUUCUGCGUGUCCGGGUUUCGCGAGACGGCCGAGGGAGCCGCGGGCGGCGCGGAGGGAAUGGAAUACCCAAUCACGGUGACUGGAAAAAAGGGGGAGGAAGUGCGCUGCCGGUUCGUGCUGACGUGCGGCGGCCUCUACUCCGACCGUCUGUCGCGCCUCUCCGGCUGCAGCUCGGAGCCUCGCAUCGUGCCGUUCCGCGGGGACUACCUGGUGCUGAAACCCAACAAGACCUACCUCGUCAAGGGCAACAUCUACCCCGUCCCCGACCCCAGGUUCCCCUUCCUGGGCGUGCACUUCACCCCGAGGAUGGACGGCACCAUCUGGCUGGGCCCCAACGCCGUGCUGGCAUUCAAGCGCGAGGGCUACCGCCUCCUCGACUUCAGCGCCCGCGACUUCCUCGACGCCAUCUUAUUUAGGGGACUGCAGAAGCUGGUUCUGCGUAACAUCUCGAAGGGGAUGAGCGAGAUGUAUCGGAGCAUCUUCAUCGGAUCGCAGGUGAAGCUGCUGCAGAGAUACAUCCCCGAGAUAACGCUCGCCGACGUAACACGGGGCCCGUCGGGGGUGCGCGCCCAGGCGCUGGACCGCGACGGCAACCUGGUGGACGACUUCGUGUUCGACGGGGGUCAGGGGUCGCUGGGCAGCCGCGUGAUGCACGUUCGCAACGCCCCCUCCCCCGCCGCCACCUCCUCGCUGUCCAUCGCCCGCAUGAUCGCCGACGAGGUCAAGCAGCGCUUCCAGCUUUGACGUCGUCACCGCCGCCACCGCCAGCGACGGUGGUCCCGUCGAUCGUCGCGCGCCGAGUUUGUCAUCGGAAGUCUCGAGACGUCUCCACCAUCGCGAUGGGAUUAAGUAGGCAAGGGCUAAUCCAAGGGAGUGCAGAGGAAACAGCGUUCUGUGCCUACUUAAGCCUGUUGUGGCUGUGGGGGUGGAAAUUUCCAGACUAUUAAUCUCCUUUGCCGUAGUUGAAAUCGUCUCGCUUGGUAAUGAUGGUGUUCAAUCAAAUCUGUAAACGAUGAGAACAGGAAAAAAACCAUCGGCACAGAAAAAUGGCUGUGUGAUGCUGGCGUGCCCCGUAUUUGUUUAACGUGUGUCAUCGUUACUUGAAUGUCCUGUCACCUCCCUCCCACAUCCAUAUUUGUCAUCUGCUCCAUUAUCUCCGAGUAGGCUGGGAGUAGCCGGGCCCUCUGGCGGCAGGGAAGGAGGGCGGCGUCGGGUCCACACCUGCAGCGAUAAAUUUUGCGCAACUUGCUUGGAGGCAAUUUUAAUUUCUGGUAUGUGGACGUCUCGGCAACCAGUAGCGAGCAGUUGCACAACCGGUUGCUCAUAGAAACGAUGGACUCUCAGGCAUUGAUUGACUCAGUGAUUUGUUGCGAGAUAUUUCACGUGACACAUUUGGUGUUUACUGUCCAGCUUCAUUUUGUUGUUGCGCAACUCCUUGCUCAGAUGUGGACAAAGCAGUUGGAGACUUAAUUUAGUUUUGCGAUUUCGAGAGGAAUUCGAUCGGACAGAUGUGGGACCGCGGCUUUAGGGCCCACGUGUAACCUCAACGCCACUUGCUCUACCAGUGCUUCUGAAUUUAGCUUUUUGGUUUUUAUUCCAUAGUCUUCCGCUCUGGGUUUUGUUCUAAGCGUUUUAAACACGGAUGCAGUCCUGGUGGACUUUUACCUAUCUCAGGAAGUUGACAGGUUCUUUAAGUGCUCUCUUAGCUGGGGGAUGGUGGCUAUGCAAACCUGCAAUCCAGCACUGUGCAGGCGAGGGUUGGUGGCUCGCACAAAUGGUUGUGAAACUCCCUUCACAUGGGCACCGCGGAGGAGACAUAUCCUGGCUCGUCAGGAGAAGGCGAUACAGCAAAUAUGGAAUCGAAAUGUUCCAUUUGUAUGGGAUAUAGUGUUGCCCCGUUCGCUCCUUCACAUGUAUACAUGUAUGUUGAACUUCUUCCGCACCGUACGUACGUAGCCAGAAAUACAUUUUCAAACUAGAUCAUUUAAAAGUGCAUAGCUCCAGUGGCUUCCUAAUAUUGCAAGGAAGAGCGUUCCAGACGGCCGCAGAAGCGCAUCUGCAAGCGCGGGAUCCUGUGACCGUCUUUGUUCGGUGGUUAGCCAAAAUCCGCUGUGCGGAUGACCAGAGUCCUUGUGAUGGGUUAUGCUCCUUGACCAGAUCGGCAAGGUGUCGUGGUUCAUUGCUGACAAGCACUUUGUGUGUCAUGACGUAUUGAGGACCGGUAGAGCUUGGGGGAAAUUUUGCACCGGCUCACUGCAUCGGCUGCAUUUCUCGCUUGUCUGUGGUUCAAAGUUGUCCUCGGGCUUUGAUAGCGAGCGAAGCUGGUGCAGUGCAUUGCAAGUUAAAAUUAUUGUGAUGUUGUUUGCACAAACCUGGGCUACUACUGAGCGAAUGUUUAAAAUGUGGAGGGCCUUUGGUUCAGCUCAAAUGCACAGAAAAGCCAUAGAGCUAAUGAUUUAAGGACUGCAGAUUUUACAAAUGUUGAAUGUAAAUGAAUUUGUAUGCAAUGAGCAGGUUACCUGUCGAUAUAUAAUGUAAAUUCGGGUGAUUUUUCUUUCAAGAAAAUGCCAUUUUAAAUGCUGUAUUUGUUUACCUGUAGCUCGAUGUAAUAGUUAAUGUACACUCAUUCCAGAUAAAGCAGAAUGUGCGGGUUAACUUAUUUGUCAUACAGUAUUACUAUCAAUUGUAAGACGUCUGUCUAGCGUGAAAUUGUAGGCCAUACAUUCUCGCUAGAUGCUCUUAUAAAUCUUUUCAGCGGAGGUCCUUCCACCAACAGUGAGGCGAGCAAGCAAUUUCAGGGCUGCUACUUUAUCUUUUACCAGCAAUAUCCCUCAAACUUUACAAGACUCUUUAUUUUGACCUAGGAACGGGCAAGUUUCACUCCACAUAGAUUAAAUGAAAUGAUCAGUACAGAUCAACAGAACAUAGCAAUAUCCCCGCAACUGACAAUGUUGUGUGGUCGUGUGACCCCCAUGGUCAGGGCUCAUUGAGGUGGCUCCUCCAAAUUGAGUGAACGCACACACAGCAGAAAAACAUCCAGACUGCAGUUUUGCAGCGUGAGUCAUCAGGUGGCGCUAUGGCCCCAUACAUUGGAACCCGUUCGACCGUGCAGUCACCAAUAUAGUCGGCCAGAUCUUCCCGUCGUCAUUCUCAUAAACUCAAAAAUAUUUCGUCGAUAAAACUGCCCUAAAAUUAAAUAUAUAUACAUACACAUAUAACAGGUGACGUAUUUCCUAUGAAGAAAGGCCAUUGCCUAAAACGUCGCUUGUUACAGCAUUUUCCUUCAGGUUUUUAAGGAAUGUUGAGGGGUUUAUUUGUGCUUAUGCACUGCUGCCAACACACUCUCACAUUAUUAUUAUUUUCUUCAUAAUCAGAUGAGGUCUCUUUGACCUCAUCUAUUUAAAUCAUCUCUGAACAGAGACGUGGGAACUUGGGAUUUUGCUAUGCCAUGGGUGUUACCAAAUGAACAUUUGCACACACAAAAUACACUAAUACAAAGAGAUGUUGUUUAUUGGAUCUACCAAUGACUUUGCCAUAUACGUUCAAUUUUGUCUGCUUGAUUUUUGAGGUAGCUUUCCCCGGUACAUUAAAAGUCCUGGAUUUGUUUUA